AGCCAUUUAAAAUGUUGGUAACCAUUUAGUUUCCAGGGUGGGAGUGUAGUACCCCUCAAAGCACAUCAGUCUCAUAUCUUAGCAACAAGUAUGCUGUGCCAGCUUCCUGUUUCCUGCUUUACACAAAAAAAGCAAUGGAAAACAUGUUCAAUACCUAACUCACGAACAAGUCCCCUACUCUCUUCAGCCUUGGCUGAGCUGUCCACGUGGACAAGUACAUACGCAAAAUAUCAAUGUGUUUCACUUGAAAUAUAACUUUGCAAAUACAGCCUCCAUGGAGUCCUUUAAAAACACCCUAUUGUAAACAUUUAUACUACGACCAUUGAUGAUUAUGAUUCCAUAUGUUGUGCAGAUCUAAUCUAAACCUUUUGUUGUAUCUCUAGUUGUUGUCCUGCUGGAAGGUAAACCUCCACCCCAGUCUCAGGUGCUUUGCAGCUUCCAGCAGAUAACGGAAGAUCAUCAUGUCAAGCUCCUGCGACACUCUGUACUUCAGUCUGCCUGCCCAUGGGAACUCCGUCCUGCACAAGAUGAAUGCUCUAAGAGAAGACCAUCGGUUCUGUGACAUCACGCUCGUCCUAGGAAGCCCAAACACCUCUGCGGACCAGUCUGUCCACUUCCACGGCCACAGGGUGGUGCUUGCAGCAUCCUCUGAUUUCUUCCGUGAUCAGUUCCUGCUCCACGAAGACCAGGCAGAGAUGAGUGUGGCUGCAGUUUCCAGCACGAGAGUGGCAAAGACGCUGCUGCUGUCCUGCUACACUGGACUUCUCGAGGUACCUUUGGCAGAACUGGUCAGUUACCUGAGCGCAGCCAGCAUCCUCCAGAUGAGCGAGGUGGUAGAGAAAUGCAGUCAAGCUGUGCUGCAGUUCCUUAAACCCAUUAUGUUUUCCAAUAAACCUGCAAGUUGCUCCAAGGAAACUGAAAACCAGCAGCCAGAGAGAAGCUGGCUAUGUUCCAGUUUUGAAAAUCGGAGGGAAAAGGAUGUGGCCCAGCCCAGCACCAGCAUCCAGGAAGUUAAGACAAAGGAAGAAGGAGUGGCUAUUGGUCAAGCCAUGGAUGGGGUCAGCCAAGAAUCUAAGGUGGAUAAUGAAAAGACUAAUGUGACUACAAAAGACAUGAAGUUUGUGAAACCUAAAUUGGAGUCAACAGAGGAUCAAAAAUUUGAGCUUGACACCUUGAAGUCAGAGCAAGGUGUGAAAAACCCCACAGCAGCUCUCAAGGAUGAAGUUUAUCGAGACCUCAUUUCAUUCCGGGCUUUAGAGAUUAGAAGUGCUGCAGAUCACGGAAAGCUGGUGGACAUCUCCCAAAAACAACACGAACAAGUAGGACAUGAAGAAAAACAAGAUAAUUCACACAAAGCUCAACUGGAACAUGGAGGAGUCCUGAUAGAUUCCAAAAUAUCUAACCUCCCCGAGGCACACUCCACAAAGCCUGGCGAAGAUGUACUACUAGAGGCUUCACACAGCAUCCUAGUUGAGAGACCAUACCUGUGCAGGAAGUGUGACAAAAUCUUCCAGCACCUUGAGAACUACAUGGGCCACCUGAAGGAACACAGACAGUAUUCCUGUUUGGUCUGUGGGGAGGGCUUUUCCCAGAAGAGCAAACUGACCCGGCACAUACGUGUUCACCCUGAUGUCAAGCCCUUCAGGUGUCCACUGUGCCAUGAAACGUUCAUCCAAAAGGGUUCGCUGCAAGAACACCUCAACCUGCACACAGGGUACAAGCGUAGUCUGAACCCAACGAACAAGUCACAUUUUACAGGCCUAAAGGGAGAGAAAAAUGGCCCGACAGAUGUGCUGGAGAAGGCUGGAGGUGCAAGUUAGGAUUAAAAUGCGAUUACUGCUGUUAGUUCUGGCUCCUUGUAUUUUUUUUUUUUUUCGUCGUCUUUGGAAAUCUGAUUCCAACUUCAGUUGUAGAAAAACAUGCACAUGCAAAAAGAUACCUUUUUUUUUGAGGGACUGAAAAAAAAAUCUGUAAAAUGUUAUAUAGGAUUCCAAAGAUGACAAGAGUGUGGGCCUCAUAUCUCAGAGGUUUUUUCAUGUUAGAUAUUUAUUGUCAAGGUUAUUUUCAUUUAGUUGUGAAUUCUUUGGUGUUCCAAGUUAAGCAGGAUUACCUAUUACAGACUCUGUGCUUGACAUCGCUGAAUAUUUUAUUCACUCACUAUGCACAUUCCUAAAUUAAACAGCUUAAAUUCAAUUAUACAUUGCACACCAUUCAUUUGUGCAUGUUCUAAUAAUAAAGCUUGAUGAGCUCCUUA